AUGAAGAAUUUUCAUAUCCUAAUAUCACUCAUUUUUCCUACCUUGUUUCUCUUCUCAUGCUCUGUAUCUCUUGUGCUAUCUUUUUCCCCUCCUCAUACUGAUCUUCAAAAUCAGUGCCUUGAUGAUCAGAAAUCUGCUUUGUUGCAAUUGCACCAUGAUCUGUACUAUGCCCCAAAUUUUACUUUCACUUCCAAAGUUGAGCUUUGGGAUCCCAACACUGAUUGUUGCUCUUGGAAAGGAAUUACAUGUGAUGCUCUGGGUCACGUGAUUGUGCUUGACCUCAGUUACAAAAACCUUUCCGGCAGCUUUCAUUCCAUUUUCAAUCUCCAUUAUCUUCAACGCCUUAAUCUUGCUGGAAACAAUUUUAAUACUACUCUGUUUCAAUAUGAGUUUGAUAGAUUCCCAAAUUUAACUCAUCUCAACCUUUCAAACUCAUGUUUCCAUGGCCAAAUUCCAGUGGAGAUUUCAUACUUAAGAAGGUUAGUCUCUCUUGAUCUAUCUAAUCAAGAUUCUUGCUAUCUACGGUAUAAUCAAAUUCUUGAUCCAAAUAUCUGGUGGUAUGAUCUUCCUGACAACCUUCAACAAACUCUGAAACUAGAAAACCCAAACUUCAAGUCAUUAAUCCAAAAUUUGAGACCUCUUACAGACCUCUAUUUGGAUAGUGUGAACAUUUCAACUCAAAGAAGUAAAUGGUGUGAGACCAUAUCCAUAAUACUUCCUAACUUGCAUGUGUUAAGUCUGUCGAAUUGUGGGUUGACAGGUCCAUUUUGUUCUUCACUCUCAAGACUUCCUUUUCUUUCCAAACUUUUCCUUGGUGGGAAUUCGAUCUCUUAUUUGCCUCCCAAUUUCUUGGAAAUUUCCUCUCGUUUGGUUUCUCUCAGUUUAGUGAAUUGCAAUUUGAGUGGGCAUUUUCCAACAAAAAUUCUCAUGUUCCCAAAAAUAGAAAGCAUUGACAUUUCAGAAAAUGACAAUCUUGAAGGUCAGUUGCCAGAAUUUUCAUUAAACAAUGCUUUACGAGUCUUAAAGAUUUCUUCUACAAAUUUCAGCGGAAAAUUGCCAGAAUCAAUUGGUAAUCUCAAGUUCUUGACAAAUUUAAUUCUUUUUGGUAGCAAUUUCUAUGGACAAAUUCCAUCUUCAAUUGCAAAUCUUACUAACCUUGUGGAACUGGAUCUAUCCUUCAAUAAUUUCAGUGGUUUUAUCCCUGCAUUUCAUAGAUCUGGAGUUCCAAAUGUUACACAUCUUUUUUUGCAGGGGAACCACCUCUCUGGAUCAAUACAUUCUUCUGUAUUUACUCUCCCAUCAUUGAAGGACUUGGAUCUUUGUAAAAAUCAAUUGGUUGGUGAAAUUCGUGAGAUCCCCAAUGCAUCUUCUUCAUUGAUUGAAGGAUUGUAUUUAGGCUUCAAUAGCUUUAGUUCCAUGAAGCUUGACAUGUUCUCCCAACUGAAGAACCUAAGGUUUCUUGACCUUUCAAAUACGAGCUUGUCAAUUGAAAGCAACAUCACAAGCCUUGCUUUUCCCCAAUUAGAGAUACUGGAACUACACUCAUGCAACCUUACUGAAUUUCCAGAAUUCAUCAAAACACAAGACAAGUUGGCUUGUCUAUAUCUUCCUGACAACCAAAUCCAUGGUUUUGUCCCUAAUUGGUUGUGGAAGACCACUCUUUUGGAGUUAGACCUUUCUUUCAAUGCGAUUGAUUUUCCAACAGAGGUUCCUUUUGGUGAUGCAAACUCCUCUUUUCCAAUGUUGAGUCGGUUGGGUUUACGAUUCUGUAACCUAAGUAUGUUUCCAGAGUUUUUAAAGAGUCAAACCAGUUUAAAAUAUCUUGACCUUUCAAAUAACAAAAUAAGUGGUGCAGUACCAAACUGGGUGUGGAAGAAAAGUUUGCGAGAUCUGGAUCUUUCUAACAAUUCUCUCUCAUCUUUGGACCAAUUUUCACUAAACCAAUCUCUAACUUCUUCACAAGGCUCUUUAUCAAGACCUAUUUGCAAUUUGAGUCAACUUCUGAUCUUUAAUGCAUCCUUUAACAAAUUCAGCGGGCCAAUCCCAAGUUGCUUGGGCAAUAUCAGUUCUCUCGACACUUUGGAUCUACAAAAAAAUAAUUUCAGCGGUAGCAUACCAGAUUUUGCAAAAGCAACCCAAUUAUAUUGGCUACAACUCAAUGACAAUAAAUUGGAAGGGAAAUUGCCAAGGUCGUUAGCCAAUUGCACAAUCCUUCGAGUUUUAAACCUUGGGAAAAAUGCUCUGUACGACACAUUCCCCUUGUGGUUGGGAAAAUUGCCUGCUUUGAUGGUCCUUGUAUUGCAAGCAAAUAGGUUUUAUGGUCCAAUUAAACAUGUGAAAAAUUAUUUUCAAGACUUGGAUGUACUAGACAUUGCUUUCAAUAAUUUUUCUGGUCAAUUACCAAUUGAAUUCUUUCAAGCCCCUCAACUAAGGUCACUCAAAAUUGGUGGGAAUAAACUGGAAGGAAAGUUGCCGAGGUCAUUAGCCCAUUGCAAAAAGCUUGAAGUUUUGGACGUUGGAAAAAAUAUGAUACAAGACACAUUUCCUUUUUGGUUGGUGAAAUUGCCUUCUUUAAAGGUUCUUGUACUAAGAGCAAAUAGAUUUUAUGGUCCGAUUAAAAUUUCUGAGGAUGAAAAUGCUUUCCUAGAGUUACACAUACUGGAUCUUGCUUCCAAUAACUUUUCAGGUGAGUUACCUGUUGGAUUUUUUCAAUCUUUGAAGAAAAUUUUAACCAUCUUUGCUUGUCUUGACCUUUCCAAUAAUAGUUUCCAUGGGAGAAUACCGGAAGAAAUACAAAAGCUCAAGUCACUCAAAGUGCUAAACUUGUCCUACAACAGCUUCCUUGGCCCAAUUCCUUUAGCACUUGGAAACUUAACUGAGCUUGAGUCGUUGGACCUCUCCCAGAACAAACUCUCCGGAAAGAUUCCUCUUCAGCUUACAAGCCUAACUUUUCUUGCAGUAUUGAAUCUCUCUUACAACCAACUUGAGGGAAGCAUACCACAAAGCUACCAAUUUGGUACAUUUUCAAACGAUUCUUACGAAGGGAAUCCAAGAUUAUGUGGGCUGCCUCUGACAAGGAAAUGCAAUGAAGAUGGUCUUGGAAUGCCACCCCCUAAGGAAGAUGGAGAUUCAUGGGUAGAUGGUUUGUCUGAUUGGAAAAUUGUGUUGAUGGGUUAUGGAUGUGGAUUGGUCAUUGGAUUAUGUAUUGGAUAUACAGUGCUGAAUGAGUUGGGGAACAAAUGGUUGGAUAGGUUUAUACAGAGUCGGAAUAAAAAAUGGAGAAGAUCUUCUAGUCUCGAGUUCCACUCUUCCUCUUCAACAACAGAAAUUGUGUCUGAAUGUUUUUGGCUUGCUGUUACUGUACUUGUGUAUCAGUUCAUUCUCUCCUGCUCGCCUAAGAUGAUUGGCGCACAAAAAAUCACAGCUUCUAUUAGCUGUCCCUACCCAAUUGAAACUAUUCGCAAUCCUACAGCCUUAAACUCUGUGGUGAAGUUGGAAGCUGAUUCUUGGAAAGUUGAUACUGCAUUGCACUGCUACCUCAAGGUAGAAAUGUUACUUCAUGGGCAAAAGGCAGCAGUGGCAGCGUGA